AAAGAAAGAAAAAAAGAGAAGAAAAAAGAAAGGAAAAAGAAGAAGAAGAGGUAGUACGUGCAAAGAGAGAAAAAGCUCAAAUCUACGUCAGUGAGUGCGAACUGACACGAUAAUACCAUUAUGCCCUCGUUCGGUCGCAUUGGCAAGCAUAGCAAUCGUUCUCAGCAUAAUUUGGUUGAGCAACAGCAACAGCAACAGCUCCAUCUUCAUCAUCAGCAACAACAGUUCCAGAUUCAGCAGCAACAGCUUCAGCACCAGCAACAGCAGCAUCAGCAACAGCUUUUGUCCCAUCAACAACAGGUAGCGGGCAGUGGAGCUACUGCACCGCCCCAUCACCCUCAUCAACAGCAAGCCAGUACCACCGCUACUACCACUACGCCUAUUACAACUGCUACGCCUGCUAAUACUUUUUCUUCUGCUCCUCCUCCCGUGCCUAUUUCGGGACCUGCACCUUCAAUCAGCGGAGGAGGACGUCGACCAUCUGCCGCUGGUAUACCUAUUUCUCUAGUUGGCAACAUCUCUGUCCCUGUAUCCGGCCCCAAUUCUGCUGGCGAGUCCAAUAUUACGCCGUCUUCAGCCUCGUCAAUCGGCCUAAGCUCUAGUGAGUCUUUUCAGCAACAGCUGCCACCACCGCAGCCCUCACUACCACCACAGCAAGCCGAUAACAGGUCCAUCCAACCACAACCACAGCAGCAAACUCCACAUAUCUCCUCCUCACAUCAGCAGCACCAGCACCAGCACCAGCAACACCAGCACCAGCAGCACCAGCACCAGCAACACCAGCACCAGCAGCACCAGCAGCAGCAGUACCAGCAGUAUCAGCACCAGCAUCAGCAUCCACACCCGCACCACCCUCAAUUAGGUAUCCAGCAACAAAGCCAGACGGGCCAUCCCCUAGAAAUAUUCGGAUCCAACCCAAAUAAUUUACCCACUAAUUCAAUACCCCUCAAUCAAGCCGGUGCUGCUUACACCGCGCGGCAGCAGCCCCACGAUAAUUUCGCUGAAUUAGUGUCUCGCUCCCAGUCUGCAAGAUAUUCCCAAUUAAACCCACUUCAGACCCAGCAACCAUUUGGUAUCGCUUCGAGCUCGGUUGACAGUUUACCCCAUACCGUUUCUUCUCCUGCUAUCCCUCCCAAUCAGCCAUCCAUACCACAUACACAAACCGCCCCCACUGAAACAAAGCGAUCAACUCGGAAAUUGCUUAAGAAUAUCCUAUCUGGUAACUCUUCCUCCACCAGCAGGCCCACUUCGGACCACUACCCGGACGUUUCUUACGAUAAUUCUGGCUUGACUCGUCGACCUUCCAAACGUGCAAGUAACACACCUAGAGGGAAUUCAUUAUUGUCACGACCUGUCGACCACCCCGAUUGGGUCUCGCCACAAUCCACUAGUUCCCGUAGUCACCACUCACCAAUCCAGCCAAACCGUUCAGAUCCACCUCAGAAUACAAUUAAGCAAGUUCCUGUCGAGUCCGACACAGAGACUGACUCUUCACCCUACGGCCGCGACGACCUUGUUUUCCACCAACAGCAAGCUAUCGCUCAACACCAAGCUCAACUACAAGCCCAGGCUCAGGCACAGGCACAAGCCCAGGCUCAGGCGCAAGCGCAAGCACAGGCACAGGCACAGGCACAGGCACAGGCACAAGCUCAAGCUCAAGCUCAAGCAGCCCAGGUACAGGCGCAAGCAGAGCAAUCGCCAUACGCUGGCCAAAUUAUUGUUGACCAUACCCCAAAUCAGUACCCAUACCCUCCUAAUUACGAGCAAUACCAAUUAGGAGAUCGUCGGCCAUCUGCUUUUACCGGGCAUCUCAGUACUGGAAGCUCGCAGCCGCCCAACCCAGAAACCAUUUCUCAGGUGUCAUAUGAGUCGCUUGAAUCUGAUCCAGAGCAACAGCAACUACCAGUCAGCUCACAACCUACUCAGGACCCAUCCUCCGUAAAACUUACACAACAGGGCCAACAGCAUCCACCAAACUCGCAGCAAUCGUCGACGCUAACGGACCAGACGCAGAACAUGGCACCCCCGGCUGGAGGAUCUGGUCAGACCCGUAGAACUGGAGACCAAGACAAGCCAAUGCGCUCCGUCGAACCCCCUCCGGGCCCUCCACCCGGUUAUAGACAUAGCCAAGGGCCAAUGAAUACAAUGGGUUCCCUUCCACCACCUACGCCAAGUGUAUCAGGUACACCACAGAGCUAUCGUACUAGCGGUGUACCGGACCGGGCGCAGUUUGAUGGGCCUGGCGCCGAGGGUCGUAAUAGUCCCCAGCCCGCAGCAGGUGGGGACGCCGACCCGGAGAAACAAUUCAAGGACCUAUUGACCAAGUACAAGAAUGUGAAGAGGCUCUAUUUCGAUGGUAAGGCGCAGAUCGAACAGUUGACUUCUCAAGUCGAACAAUUACAAAAUGCCGUUGCGAAUCAGAGAAUGUCUCAGUCUCGCACAGCACUCGAUGACAACGAGUAUUCAACCCGUUUUAAUCGUCUUAACGGCGCGGUUAACAACCUGGCAUUUAAUAUUCGUAAAGAUUGGCGAACGCUGCCAGGUUGGAUCGAGAGGUAUGUUAGCCCAGAAGCGAUCAAGACCGGCAAACAGGAGAUGACUGCAGUUGGGCGGGCUAUUAUCGUUCGAUGGAUAGUGGAAGAGGUUUUCAAUAAGUGUUUCCAUCCUGGUUUGGACUUCCACGUCAGCGCCAGCUUGAAACAAAUAGAGCAGAAUAUCCGAAGGUUCUCGUACACACUAAACAGCCAGGAAGAAUUCGAUGCGUUAACAGCUAAGGUCGUGAAUUGGCGAAUGGCCACUUUGGAAGGACUCCAACAGGUGCUCAAUUCGCCUGAAAGCGCUGAGUAUCGCGCCGAUUUCACCAAGAUGGCCACCAACAAUCUCACGGCCACUCUAUUUCAGUAUCUCACGGAUCCGCCCCCGGCAGGCGUAGACGGUAGCGCUUCGAUGAUUGUUGAGUUAGCAGUGGGCAUUGCUGCCAACCUACCCUUAGAAAGCCGAGAUGUAGCCAUUACUUAUCCCCUCCCUGGAGACAUCGUGCAACCCGACUUCAUGGAACCGGAGAAGACGGGCUUGCCUCCUUUACCGGACGCCCCAGAAGACGUGGAAGAGAACAACGAUAAGGACAGCGAGAAAACUGCUGCCGCUAAACGAGAAAAGACAAAAAGUGGUAUGUUGACAAUGCUCAGCGGGACACCGUAUCCCGGGAGCAGAAAAGGUAGCACGGCUUCGGUUAAUACUGACACGGCAUCCUCGACAGCAGCAGGGGUACCACCACCACCCAAAGACGCUUCCAAGGUUCGGUUCGCUGGUUUCUUAGCAGUGGAGGUAAGAGGGCGACAGGUCUUGGUAAAGGCCCCGGUAUGGACACUAGGUUGAACCCGUUAAAACUGAGUGCAUUUGCAUUGAACACUCUGGAUAAAUAGGGAAGGGGGGGAGGGGACAAAGAAGGGAGAUGAAGGACGGGGCUAUCUCGAGCAACGAGAGAUCUCAAGUUACUGGUUUUUCCUGUUGUUGUUUCUAUCUUGCAGUGGAGGGUCUCAAGUCGAAAAGGAAUAUAUAUCCCCGAGAAAGGCUAGAUGUGUGGUAUG